AUGGUUGGCCUAAGGUUGCUCUGGUGGCUCUGCCAUUUGGCACUUGUACUUCCCAGCUCCUCUAGCAAAACGCGCAUAGUUGGCGGCAAGGAGACAACUAUUUCGGAAGUUCCGUACCUGGUUUACCUGCGGCAAAAUGGUUACUUUAUCUGUGGAGGAUCCUUAAUCUCCAGCAGAGCAGUCCUAAGUGCAGCACAUUGUGUUUAUGGAUCGCAGCCGGAGGGAUUCACGGUUCACGCCGGCGCGAGUCGUUUGGACCAAGAGGCUCCAGUGGUUCGCAAUGUAGUUAUGUUUCACACUUCGCCCAGCUACUCUGCCACUAACUUCGACAUGGACGUAGCUUUGUUGCAGUUGCAGGAAGUCGUGGUCCUAACCCCCGGUAAAGUCGCCACCAUUAGUCCUUGUCGCAAUCCGCCGGAGGGUAAUGCGUAUGCCAGGAUCAGUGGUUGGGGAGUUACCCGCGAGAAUAACCGUGAACCUGCCGAACAGGUCCGCACCACCAUGGUGCGAGUGCUUCCAGGAGCGGAAUGUAAGAUCUCAUAUUCCGGAUAUGGUCAAUUGAGCGAUUCCAUGCUAUGUGCCGCCGUGCGCGGUCUUCGCGAUUCCUGCUCCGGAGAUUCCGGAGGUCCUUUGGUCUACCGCGGUCAGGUUUGUGGCAUUGUCUCCUGGGGAUUCGGUUGCGCCCGACCUUCCUUUCCGGGUGUUUACACCAAUGUGGCUAGCGAAAGGGUUCAUGAAUUCAUAGAACAAACCCUACGCAGGAUUGGAUCCUAG